GGAAAAGUAUACAUGAAAUCUGGGCACUCUGGAGGACGCGUUCCUAUUCGAAUAAUAAUAAAGGAAUUAUAAUUUUCAAUUAUGGAUAACUUGGACCCAUCUGCAACGCUUCUUCCCCCCGACAACAACGAUCUGAGAGAUGCACGCGAAGUCCAGAUUAAGAAUGUUCUCAAAAUGAAACUCGUCCUGGAUGAGCUGCGCCGCUUGGACUUGGGUUCGCAACAGAGUCCUGAAAUCAAAAGAGCUCUGAAACUAAUCUCUAUUGGUGAUUACGUACGCCUGGGCGAGAGCCAUGGUCAGGAGCAUCUCCUGGAUCUUCAGGUCUUCAACAGCUUCCCACCUCUGAACUACACCGAUCGUAAGGCGGUUCGAACUAAGCUCUCCGCCCAACUUAGGAACACUCUGCAACCAAUUGUAGAUUUGGGCGAAAAAAUACGGCAGGAGUUCCCUGAUGCUUUUGCUCGCGAAGCGGACCUAAGUGCCGACCAAGAGGAGAUCAUGAAGCUGGAGGAAGAGCACCGCAGCAGUCUGGAGAAGCUGGUGGAUCUGCAGGAACGCAAGUGCUCACUUCUCAAGGGUGUUGCUGACCUGAAGUUGGGGCCACAGUUGAGUAAUGAACUUAAACUGCAGCAAGCGCAGGCGCAACUCGUUCAAACUAAGGCGGAACUGCUGCGCGGUUUCUUUGUUCACCAAGCAGCCACAAUCACCGACCACAGCGUCAAGGCGCACAAGGAGGUAGAGGCGCACCUGGAAGAGCUGCUGGCCUCAAAAAAUAUUUCAAUCAAAAACUAAAGCUCGAAAAAUAGAAUUCAAUUAGUUUUAAGAACAUAACUCAAAUUUUUAACAUAAAUAUGUAAUAGAUAAUAGGUCGAACUAGAGAUGAUUAAUAAACAAAUAUAACACCAUUAAA